CCAAGCGCUCUCAUGCAGCCUCCAGGAGAUCUGCAGGGGGCCGGGGCGGGGGGGCGGAGACGACGGUGCUGCUGAGUCAAAGCAGCCCCCAGGAAAUAUUCCGCAGAGAAGGGAGGCCCUUCCUGUGCCAGGCAGCCAGAGACCUGCUCCGAGUGCCCCGUGCUACUCUCAUCCCAGCAGGAGGACAACUCUGAGGGUGGCAGGUGGGGCGAGCAGUCACUGUGCAGUGGGAGACACAGGCUCCGAGAGACUCAAGACUUGCCUGAGGCCACCUGGAUGGCUCUGAGUAUGCUGCUCCUCCCUCCAGGGCAACACGGGAACCGGAGGCUUCUCGUUUCUUCAGGGACUGUCCCUCAGCUUUCACUGUCUGCCCGACUGCCCACCAGGAGCCCCUGCGUGUGCGGAGUCUGGGAAUGUGCCUUCCUGGGGGCUCCGAGCUGCUCCUGCACCCUGGACUCCCAGCUUCCCCGCGAUGGGCUUUUCCAGGCUGCAGCAUGAGGAGCCCCGGUCACCAAGGACGUGGGCAGCACUCUGGAGUCGGUGCCAUCCUUUCUUCACCAGAGGCCGUGUGAACGUUUUCACGAUGAUUUUUUAAAGAGAGACAGAAGGACCAGGACUAGAAAGACAAGGUUGUCCUGCCUCCCACAGGCAGCAGCCUCGAGCUGGCACCACCUCUUCUGCCCCCGGAAGGUCAGCUCUGUGAGGCAGGGGAGGCCCCCGUGAAUUCUGCAGGGAGUACUUGGUGGGCGCUGGGCGGACUCACUUUCCCCACCUGUGAAAGGGGCCAAUCCCACUGCAGUGGGGCCAGUGAGUGAAUUCCCAGGAGGUCUGAGCAGAGCCGCAGCCGGGGUACAACUGGCUUCCGGGGCCGGGCUGCUGCCUCCAAGAGCCCAGCCUUUUCCCCAGAGGCGAGGAGUGAAUCUGGGCUCCAUGCAGGGGGGUUCCAGCAUGUAAAAGGUGUGACAAACUCAUCCUCCAAUGUCCAACUGGACAAACCUCUUCAAUCCACCACUGAAGGCCCCCCAAGUGCUCCGAGGGACCCGGCGUGCUGUGGGCUGGGAGGCGUCUGUCCCAGCUUCAUCUCCGAAAUGUCGGUGUCUGCUCUGCCCUGUGCUGCGGUUUUCAGGCAUCCAGGUGGAGCGACCUCCUUCCAUCUCUCCUGCUCGGGGUCGGUCAGCAGGCCGAGUCUCAGGGCUAUGACACGGAGGUUUGUUACAUGUCACACCAGGUGGCCCUGGGUCAGCCAAAGAGCUUUGUUUCAGGAGAGCGUGGGUGAGCGCCGCCCCCACCGCAUGGCUGCACGGAGGCCCGAGGGCAAGAUCUUCCCGAGGGACAAGCUAGAUGCAGGGUGGGGCCUGCUGAGCCUCAGUUUCCUUGGCUGUAAGACGAGACGAAGGCAUUUACAGCGGGGAUGGCUGGGAAUUCCUCCUCCGGAUCCGGCUGAUGCCUUGGUGCACCGUAGGCUCCCAGGAGCUCACACGGCCUUCCCUGCCUGUCACUUGUGCCCCACCUCAGAACGAGGUGCUUGUAGUGGCAGGGCAGCCCGUCUGGCCCCGCCCAGCCCCCGCCGCCUCCCUGCCCUCAUCUCCUUUCUCUGAGACAAGGCUCCUCGAUGGUCCUGGAGGUGGUGGCACACUCCUGCCUCGGGCCUGGCAUGUGUGGCCCUUCCCUCCUCCCGCAGGUAAGCUCCAUGCCCCUUUACCAGAGAAGCCAGUGUCAACCCCCACGGCCCUGGGGGGCGACACAUCGCAGUUCCCCUCCUUCACUUCUGUCUCUCCCAGACGGAGCAGAAGCCUCAGGCGUACACCAGGCACCAAUCACUAUUUGUUGAGGGAAUGAACGGGCACCACCUAAGGAGCUGGGUCAGAUGGAAGCAUGGCUCAGAGAUGUCAGCGGGAAGAGCAGGUCAACGUGACAAGCCGGGUCCCGCCCUGCCCUCGGGUGCAUGGACUUCCCCAGGCAGCACUGACACCCCCGCUGAGGUGAGGCUGCUGGGCCCCGUCCAUGGGGAGAGGCAGCUGGAAACUGGGGGCCCCAGCUCCUCCUGGGGCCAGAUCCUGACCCCAAAGCCAGCCUGUUUUCUGGGUGUCCGAAUCCUGCCGGGGUGGAGGAGGCGCUGGGGAAGAGGCGGGUCCACCUGUUCUCCAGGGACCUCCCUGCAACCCUUCAUGAGGUCAGAGCUGGGCACCCAGGGAGACAGCAGCUGUGGCCACGGGCGCCAUGCCAGGCAGGUACCAGCCUGGCAUGGAGCCCGCGGGUGGUAAUCUCCAGGCUGCUCCGGGGCUGGGCGGCAGCUGUAGGGGGUUCAGCUGUCACAGAGGGAGCCUGGGAAGCCAGCACUGCCUGGGAUGAUCCCCCUCCCGCCUCCUCCUCCCCCGCCUCCUCCUCCCCAGGCCCCGGAGGCCCAGCUAGCCCAUUCCCCUACCCAAGGAGCCAAGCCCUACUAGGCCGCCCAUGCUGACAUGCAGCGAGCCAAUACUGACUCGAAGACAGGUCAGCCAGACCCACCUGCUCCCUCAGGAGGUGGGAUCUGAUCUCCUGCUGGCCUGCACGGGCCACGAUGGAGAGGCGCCUCAUGACACACUGCAGUCAGCUCAGAAAAGCCGUAGAUGCCGACCCGGGGAAGCCUGCCCAGCAUGGGGCGUUCUCUGAGGUGGGAGCCACAGGGAGGGCCUCAUGGAGGCCUCUGUCCACAGGCAGUGAUGCCCAGCACCCACUGCUGCUGACCAAGCCCCUGGCACCCCCAAGCUGAGCCUUUGAACCCCAGCAGGGAAGACCACCCGGCCGAGACCCUGGCCACCAUGGGGUCAUCACUGCCCCAUGGGGCUCUGUUCCAUCUCCUGGCCCAAGGGUCUCUGAGCACCGCCAGGGCUGCCUCACGCCUCUGAGUUUGGGGUGUUUUGUUCGGCAGCACUGGGGUCCGAGCAGCUUCUUGCCCAGUGUCUGGCACAGUUGUCCAUGGAGGGGGCGUUUCUGGGAUUCUGUGGUUUAGGGGACACUCCCCUCACUCCCCGGCCUCGGGGGCCGAUGACCAGGCGGAGCGGGCCCAAGGCCACGUCUGUGAGGGAGUCACAACGCUAGGUCACUCCAAGCUGCCUCUGUGGUCACAACGUCCAGCUGCCCCCACACAGGCGAGACCCAGGAUCAAGCCCCAGGGCUGGAAAGCGGACACGGGAUGUAUUUGUUUGUGGAAUCAAAUACGACGGCAGCUUGCAGGCAGCCCAGCCGCUGUGCAAACAACCCUCUUCCAGCACCCGGUGAGGGCGGCCCUGAAGCAGCCGGCGACCCCGGGCCCUGUCACCCGCCAGGUGGGGUGUUGGGUACCGGCCCUCAGGCAAGACAGGGUGCCUGUGUCCUGAGCACCUCCCGUGUCAGGUGCCGGGGGCAGACAGACAAAAGUCCUGCCCCAGAGAGCUGACCUCGGACGGGAGCCCAGGAAUCCUGUGCAAACGUACAAGACCCUCGGCCGAGGCUGGGAGGUGUGGUGGUCAGGACAGGCACCGGGUGGGUGAGUGGGUGGCCACUGAAAAGGUGACGUCUGAGCAAGACCUGAGGACGGGAAGCUGGGAGCCAUGUAGGCGUCGGGGGAGAGCAUUCCAGGCAUGGGGGCCAGUAGCGCAAAGGCCCUGAACUGCAGCCAGCCAGGCAUGGUGGGCAGCAGCAAGGCGGAGCAGAGUGGGAGAUGGUGGGUGAUGGAAGGGAGAGGAGUUUGUGCGGUCUUGGUCCCACAAGGACCUUGGCUCCAUCCCUGGAGAGCUGUGACUGGCCUUUAAUGGGACCCAUCUGUCUGCCAAGUGCAAAAUGGACCUGGGAUGGGGGGCUGGGGUAGAAGGAAAGAAACCAGGUACAGAAUCUGGCACGAGUCACGCGGUCAGAAGGCAGGUGCUGGAGAGAUCCCAUAACUGUUUGUGGAAUCAAAUAGGACAGCAGCUUGCAGGCAGCCUGGCCGCCGCUGUGCAAACAACCCAGAGUGUCCCUGAACCAGCCGGUGACCUCAGGCAACUGCAUCCAUCCCCGGGGCCAGUGCACCAUCGCCUGUGAGAGGUGUGGAGACGGCUGCUCUCCCAUGCCUGCGGGAGGACGCAGUGACAGCAAGGCCAAGCCCCCUGCCCACCAGGACAGCAGCUUUUCUUGACAAUUUAUCCCCUGAAACCCUGUGGACAAUUAAACCCAGAGUUACCAGGUGAGCCAGGGAUUCUACUCCUAGGAAUCCAACCAAGAGAAAUGAAGACAUUCAUCCAUGCAAAAGCUACCAAUAGCCACGGCUGCAUCGUCCAUGCAAAAACUACCAAUACCCACGACUGCGUCGUCCACACAAAAACUACCAAUACCCACGGCUGAAUGUUGUCCACAAAAACUACCAAUACACUGGUUGUUGUCCACACAAAAACUACCAAUACCCGACUGCGUCGUCACACUUCUGUCUAUGACUCGUCGUCACGCAAAAAUACAAUAUUACCACGCUGUAUGGUCCACCGCCAACCACAAUGGGAGGCAUAUUGCGUCGUCCACGCAAAAACUACCAAUACCCACGGCUGCGUCGUCCAUGCAAAAACUACCAAUACCCACAGCUGUGUGGUCCACCAUAACCACAAUGGGGGCAACAACCCACGGGUCCAUCAACAGACACACAAACCCUGGUUUUUCUGCAUAGUGCUGUGCAACUCAGCCACAGGGAAGGAUGCUCCCCACUAGGCUCCAGUGCGGGGAGCCAUGAAGGCCCUGUGCUGAGUGACAGAGCCAGAUGCAAGGGCCACCUGUGGCCCUGUCCCCCUCAUCUGAGGCGUCCAGAACAGGCAAGUUCACAGAGAUGGGUAGCGGAUGCUGACCGGGGGCCGGGGGUGGAGGAGGAGAUGGGGAGGUGGCAGACUGGGAGCUAGGGGUGGAGGGGUGAGGAGAUGCGGGGGCAAAUGUGAGAGGGGCUCAGCCUCCCUCCCAGGGUCUCUGCUCCUGUCUACUGGGGCCCACCUGCAGGCAGGUAGCAGCAGACACUGCUGUGACCCCAGCCCUGGUUCUGUGGGCCUGGCUGUGCUAGAAACCAGGAGGGUGGAGGCCAGGGCCCAGGAGGCUGGUGGCUGGAGUGAGUGGGAGCUGAGCGACCUUCUUGCUGCAAACACCCCCCUUCCAGAGACACAAGCACACCCUUAGGGGUGGGAGGGGCCCACAAGGACCAGUCUGUGGCAAGUGACCCUUCCAGCCCGAAGGUCUCCUGGGCAGAAGCCCCUCCACGUGCCAAGGAUGUGCCAGAGGUGGAGAAGGGCCGUGGGCUGGCCCCGUGGUUCAGAGUGAGCAGGUGCUGGGGUCACUGGCCUACAGCUCAGGCCUCUGCUUGUCCCUCCGGUCACCCCAGUCCCGGGGAAGCACGGUCCCUGGGUCUGGGAAGGUUUGGUUGGAUGCAGGUGCUGUGGUCCCCGGUGAGCCCUGGUGUCACGACUCAUGCUUUAUAAAAGCUCUCAUGGGGUCACAGUGCAGAGGGGACGGGAAGGAGGGUUUGGGGAGGGUAAGCACUUCGCCGAUGCACUUAUCAUUCACGGAACAUUCUCUGAGGCUGGCUGUGGGGAUCCCCUGUGAGUCUGGACAGUCAGGUCAUAGGUCAUGCUUCCUCCCGGCCUGGUUUUCACACCGUGGUAUGCCACACGCAUGCACACGUGUGCACGCCAUCACACACUCAGACUUCACACGCACGCACCUGCAUGUGCACCCCUGGCAACGGCACCCGAUACAGUGACCUCAGGGCAGGCGUUGUCGUCGAGACAGGCUGCCAGGUGGCCCCUCACACUGCCCCCGCUUCCUCAUCCCGGCAAAUGGGCAGAGCACACUUCCAGGAAAGCUGCUGCCCUGGCAUUGGACUCAAUGACCGUAGAACAGCCUCUUAAGCUGGGCAGUGGCUCACACCUACAAUCCCAGCACUCUGGGAGGCUGAGGCAGGAGGAUCACUUGAGCCCAGGAGCUUGAGACAGCCUGGGCCAUGUAGCGAGACUCCAU